AUGUGUGAUUAUCCCUGUUCAAAACCUAUAAUCGAGAAAAAAUUUCGUCCAUUAACUCUGCUAUUACUCGAUUGUUGGCAACGUGAAUAUGAUAAGCGACCAUAUCGCAAUUUCAAAUUUGAACGUAUAAAAUUUGAGGAACGGUUGGAGAGAAACUAUGAUUCAAAACAAGAUUUCACAACCAUUGUAUUAUUUUUAAAGAAACGUUCUCUUUAUUCCAUAAAAUUAGUGGGCUUGACUCUUCACCAACAACCCGUUCGCAUAAUUUAUGAUUUUGUUGAAGGUUUGCAAAAAUUAAAACGUAUAGAAUUGAAAUUAAUGGAAUUACCUUUGGAAUUCUUUCAAAUACUCGAUUAUAAUGCAGAACUAAUGAAGCUUAAGGAAUUAUCUUUAGAAGGCACCGCCUUAACCGACAAGGAUAUUUUAUGUUUACAUUCUUUUAUAAUUAAAUCGAAAACAUUGCAAAUUUUAAAUAUCUCCUGCUGCAGCAUUAAUCAGUAUAAUUUUGCUCUAUUAGCCGAUGCCAUAUACAAAUCACCCACUUUAAACUCUUGCAAUAUGUCACACCUUUUGGGUCUACAUUUGACUCUGGAUUCGCAGAAAAUAGCUCACAUUAUAGCAACUUUAAUAUGGCAAAAUAAAUUACAAGAAUUGAUAUUGGAAAACUGUGGCCUUUUAGGACACGAUAUGGAAAUUUUAGCAGAAUAUUUAUACGAUAUAUCAUCAAAACUACAAUCACUAAACGUUUCUUUUAAUAAAAUCGGUUCAAAUGGUGCUCUAGAACUUUUCAAAGCCAUUUCAAAGAGUAAAACUUUAAAAAAUUUAAAAAUGACAGGCUGUAGUUUAGGUUCACAUGGCGGUGAAAUAGUGGCUCAAUAUUUAAGUUCAUGUUGGAAUCUAGAGUCGUUAGCUCUACAAUAUAAUACUAUUUCAGCCGAGGUGAUCAAUAUGAUUUUGUUGUGUAUGAAAAAACCUUGUAAAUUGAUGAAAUUGUAUUUAUAUGGUGGCAACAGAUUUAAUACACGUACAGGUGAUAUUUUAAGGAGACUAUUGGAAUCAGGAGUUUUACCGCAGGAUUUUAUAGAUAUAACUGUGACAUUUGAUGAUACUUUGCCGGGUUAUAGAGUUAUACCAUGGUUGCCGUAAAUAUUACAUUUUAUAUCUUUUACUAAAUUUUGGAAAUACAAUUUUAGAUAAUUACUAGCUUCGCUACCCUAAAAGCAAAAUAAAU